CUCAUUUUAUGUAUUUAUGAUGAUAUGAUCCCUCUUGUUAUCGAUCUUCAUCGUAUUCAUUUAAUCUAGAAAUCUUCUUGUUAUUGCAGCUUUAUAGUGUGCUCUAGGUGCGGACGAGGUGUUCCAUCAUGAGUGCAUUACUAAAAGCAGCUUGGUCUCGCAGCCCAGCCUCAUUGGCAACUCAUGUUUACCGCAAUCUCCACUUAUCUGUUGGAGGUGCAACACCACUGAAAGACCCAUCCACAAACUCAAAUGUAACAGGUGCAUAUACAGUAAUUGACCACCAACAUGACGCCCUGGUCAUUGGUGCCGGUGGCGCUGGACUACGAGCAGCCUUUGGCUUGGUUCAGGAGGGAUUUAAAACAGCUGUUGUUACCAAACUGUUCCCGACAAGAUCACACACAGUGGCAGCUCAAGGAGGCAUCAAUGCUGCAUUAGGUAACAUGGAAGAUGAUAGUUGGCUCUGGCAUAUGUAUGACACAGUAAAAGGAUCAGAUUGGCUUGGAGAUCAGGACGCCAUCCACUACAUGACCAGGGAAGCACCACAUGCUGUUAUUGAGCUAGACAACUAUGGUAUGCCAUUCUCUAGAACUCCAGAGGGAAAAAUUUAUCAGCGUGCUUUUGGAGGCCAAUCUCUGAAAUUCGGAAAAGGUGGACAAGCUCAUAGAUGCUGUGCAGUUGCUGACAGAACUGGCCACUCAUUGCUUCAUACUUUGUAUGGACAAUCACUACGAUACGACUGUGAAUAUUUCAUAGAAUACUUCGCUCUGGAUCUUCUGAUGGAAGAUGGAGUGUGUAAGGGAUGCAUUGCGUUAAACCUUGAGGAUGGCACACUUCACAGGUUUCAAGCAAAGAACACGAUCCUAGCGACUGGAGGCACGGGUCGCUCAUACUUCAGCUGCACAUCGGCUCACACUUGCACAGGAGAUGGCACGGCCAUGGCGGCGCGCGCAGGUCUACAGAACGAAGAUAUGGAGUUCGUGCAAUUCCACCCCACUGGUAUAUAUGGUGCAGGCUGUCUGAUGACGGAGGGCUGCCGAGGAGAAGGUGGGUUCCUCGUGAACGCGAAAGGAGAGCGCUUCAUGGAGCGAUACGCGCCUGUAGCCAAAGACCUGGCCAGCAGAGACGUCGUCUCCAGAUCCAUGACCAUCGAAAUUAUGGAAGGUCGCGGGUGUGGUCCUGAGAAGGACCACGUGCACCUCCAGCUGCACCACCUGCCUCCCGAGCAACUGAAGCAGCGCCUUCCGGGCAUCUCGGAGACCGCCAUGAUCUUCGCCGGGGUGGACGUCACCAAGGAGCCCAUCCCAGUGCUGCCAACCGUGCACUAUAAUAUGGGCGGCACGCCUACCAACUACAGGGGCGAGGUACUGACCCACGUGGACGGCGUAGACCGUAUCGUGCCUGGUCUCCUGGCGGCUGGAGAGGCGUCGUGCGCCAGUGUGCACGGAGCCAACCGGCUGGGCGCCAACUCCCUGCUCGAUAUUGUGGUAUUCGGCCGCGCCUGCGCCCUCACUGUCGCCGAGAACAGCCGCCCCGGAGACCAGCAGUCAUCGCUGCAAGACAGCACGGGCCAGGAAAGCAUCACGAACUUGGACAAGAUCAGAUACGCAAAAGGCACCAUUCCCACCGCUGCGUUGCGCCUGCGCAUGCAGAAGUGUAUGCAGACAAACGCUGCCGUCUUUAGGCAGAAGAGCACGCUCGAAGAAGGUAGUCGCCAAAUCAAGGAGAUUUAUGGACAGCUGAAAGAUGUGGCAGUGACCGAUCGUUCUCUGAUCUGGAACUCUGAUCUGGUGGAGACACUGGAGCUGCAGAACCUGAUGAUUAACUCGGUGCAGAUAGUGGAGGGGGCGCUGGCUAGGGAGGAGACCAGGGGAGCUCACGCCAGGGAGGACUUCAAGACAAGGAGGGACGAGUAUGACUACUCGAAGCCUCUUGAGGGACAGACAAAGCUGCCGUUCGAGCAACACUGGCGGAAGCACACCAUGGCUGAGACUGACCCUGAGACCGGCGCAACCAAACUGACGUACCGCCCCGUCAUUGAUGAGACCCUGGACCAUGCCGAGUGCUCCACUGUGCCGCCCGUUAUCAGAACAUACUAAACGGGGUUACAACACUUUGAGUGCUGAAUGAUGAACUAAGCAGUAUUCACCAUAAACAUCGCGACUGAAAAACAACUCGAGAUCAUUUGUCAUUAUUUAUUACGUAAUUAAUUUAUUGUAUCGAAAGUGAAUGCACUAAGUUUCAGAUUUCAACUUUUCCAAUAACAUUUAUAUUUUUUUUAACAAUAAAAUUGGAAUUGUAUAUAAUAUGUUCAAUUAAAUAGUUUGUUUUAUACGUUUUUACAGCAUUUAUAGAAAUCUGUUAUGGCGGUAACCUAUUUUCAGCAGCACUUAGUACUUAAGUUUGAAAAAUUUCGAUAUUUCUUUUUUUUUUAUUAUUAUUUUUAGUCAAUCUGAAAUCUCUACAUUUAAUUGAAAUACGUAUGAGUUAAAAAAUAAUUGUGAUUUUGUAUCUAUGUAUUUUGUAAUGUACUAUUUUUAUUAAGUGACAAUUUAAAGUAUUAAUGUUGAAUCUAAGAAUAUGUAACGACCCACAAGAAAUUAUUAUUAAAAAUAUAUGUUC